ACACGCCACGAUGGUCAUGGCUACCCGACUGAAUGAACAGUUCAGAUCAGGCUAUGUACUUUGGAAGCUGAGCGGUUUCAACUGGAGAUUCUCUUUGGAGAUAAAACGCAUUUUGCACAAAUUAGCAGAGCAAGCAGAACUUAUCAGUACUGAUGAGUCUACGCGCAAAACCAGUGCAGUUGAAUGAACGUUUCAUUAGCGUGGAGUUUAGAAAUUUCGUUUUGUAAAGCGAUGCUUAUAACCACAUACAACAAGAGCUCGUAUAUCAAAGUGAUCCCGAACUAAAGCGUUGUUUAUUACUUUACAUCAUCCAUGAGGUGGAUGGUGUUGAAUUCAUUUUGUUGAAUUGUUUAGUUCUGGAAUACAGCAUGACCCUGCUUUUCUUGGCGGCAUUUUUUGCCCUGACCUCGAUAGGCAUCGGUGUGGCACCAGCCGAGCCCAGAGAGCCUACCGAACAAAUGGUGACUGGCACCCCACUCCUAACCACGGAGUCCCCGCUCAUCUCGUAUCUCCCCUCGGUCAUCGCCUUCAUGGAGAGGAUGCCACUUUUCGUGGAGUACUUCACCACCAGGGAGGUGGUGUUUGCCUUUCCCCGGUUUCUGGAGAAUUACACCCUGCACAUCUCGUCCAGCGACACGGCAGUGGGCGAGAUCGGCGAGGACGGCUGGGUAGAGAUUUCCAGCACAGUGCCUGGAAAUCUCUCAUCGGAUAUGUUUUUCAAUUUGACUCUUCUGGAUGCCUUCUCCUACGAUGCUUUCGGGCAAGAAGACAGUGAUGCCAAGGGCGACGUUAAUCCAGACGAUAACGAGGAAGACUUUGAAACGUUCGAAGAAGGGGGAUUAAACGCAAAGCUCAUGAGGCGUCUUAAAGACCUACGUUUGGACGAUGUCACACCCUUAGCAAGUAAUUUCACCCUUAUCGGCCACCGCUUCGGUAAGACCACGCUGAGCUUCAAGCUGUACCGGGAAGUGGACGGCGAAAUGGUGCUAGAUCCCGUGAUGACUGCUAUCGCAAAGGAUGUUGACGUUCUUAACAUGCGGAUACCAACAGCUUUCGACUUGGCCUUUGGCACGGUCAUGCUGGUAUUGGGCGCCAUGGUGACGGGCAUCAUGGGCUGUGAGUUAGAGUGGGCCCCGCUUAAGAAGAUCUUGAAACGACCCUUCGGCGUGGUCAUUGGAUUCUUCAGCCAGUUUAUCAUCAUGCCACUCACUGCCUUCGUCAUGUGCAUCAUCUUCGAUCUGUCCGCGGACCACGCCAUUGGUAUCAUCUUGGCCGCUUGCUCACCGGGGGGAGGACUGAGUAACAUGACUUCUGUGGCCAUCGAUGCCAACCUGCUCCUUAGCAUCGCUAUGACCUUCUUCAGUACCAUCAUUGCUCUUGGUAUGAUGCCGCUGAAUCUCUUCAUCUACUCACGCCGCUUCCAGGAUGAGGAUUCCUUUCCCAUUCCCUUUACCAAGAUCAUCAUCGGUCUGGUUACUAUGAUAGGCCCGCUGCUGGCCGGCUGCCUGCUCCGCGUCUUCAAAGAGAAGUGGGCGCUGUUUCUAAUCAAACUUCUCAAGCCUGUCUCCUUGGUCGUCAUUAUCUUUGCCCUGGCCGGCGGGGUCUACACCAUCCGCUUUGUCUUCACCUACAUCGUGCCGGGCAUGAUCGUCUGCUCCUUCUCCAUCCCAUUCAUCGCUUUCUUCCUGGGCGGCUUUGCGGCCUUCCUGUGCCGGCGCGACUUCACCCAGGUGAAGACCAUAGCCAUCGAGACGGCCAUCCAGAACGUGGGCGUCGGGGCAGGCAUCGUGCGACUGGUCUACCCCUCCCCGGACGCAGAUAUCAUAACGUGCGCCAUCCUGUGGACCCUGCUGGGACAAUCGUGCUUGAUUUUCUCAGUAAUUGGCGCGUAUAUGAUGUACAAAAAAAUCCUGAAAAAGAGAUGCGGUGUUGGGGGGAAGAAGCUCGAGAAUGAAGCGGAGGAGGUCGACGACUCGGAGGGGAAGCGGGCUUCCAUGGACGCGGCCGAGAUGGUGCCCCUAAACAAGGAUGAUGACGACGACAAACAACUAGACACCGUAUCCAACGGAUCGGUCCACGCCCACCUGACUCGCAUGAACAGAGCCAGGCCCCCGUCGGCGGGCAUGACCAUGGGCGCCUACCGAUUCUGGGGGUACCGACCGCUGCUGGAUGGGCCCUCGGCCGACCAGGCUAAAGCCGCACCGGGACUCUUCGUCACGUUUCCUGCGGGACUUCCCAACGUCCAGGCCAUGCAGUUAUGGGCGCCACCAAUCAUUGGACCAACCGGAGACGUUUGGGUACCAGACGCAGAGCUUUUUAGGACUGCACCGGAAUCAACGGUAUGAGAUGAUCAGAAUGGAAUUGAGAUCCACGACGUUUCAUGUACAACCAAGUCUAAGCCAUUCAAACCACCGCAUGCAAGCGCAUCGGGCAGGUCUUUGUGAAGGAGUAACCUGAACAGGAAAAGACAUUCAAUUUAUGAUGAAAUUGCAUGCAACUGAAAGAUGCUUUUUAGAACUGAGCAAAUAGGCAAAAUGCAGGCAUUAGCCUGUUUGCAAUUGUCCAGACUCCCCCCCCCCCAUUUUUUCAAUUUGAGACAUGCUCUUUAAUAUAGGUUUUCCCGGCCAAUUUCGGAGAAUGCUCGUCUCAUUUGUGGAAUUAAAAAUAUCAAAACAAAAUUUCAA